AUGUGUCGAAAGAAGACAAUACUUGCAAUAAAGCUUACGGAACUUGUUAAUGAUAUCAAAUUGUACCUGAAAAAGCUCUAUGAAUUAAAUGAACAAUUCCCCGAAGAAUUUAUUAAAGGAAAAGAUAAAAUUGAUGAAAUUGAACAAGAUGCUCAGAAGAUAAUCGAAGCAAUCAGUCAGAUACGAAAUGCUUGGAAUGUUGAAGAUUAUGAAAAAAAUAUGGCAAUAAUUUGUGGAAUAUCAUAA